GGAACGCUUUCACCUAACCACCCACCACUCCGUCUUUCUUAACAUCGGCAUCUCAGCCACAGCGCAUCACGUUGUUCACCUGCUAUAGCACGGUUCCUUGCUUCGCGACGCAAAAGGCUAAGCUUCACAACCCAGACCCAACACACCAAAAGCCCCGCCCCCCCCGCGCCCAGAGCACUGCUGCCACCUUCCGCGCACCCCCACUCUCGAUACACACCAUGGCUUCAUCGGCUUCAAAGCGCCUUUUCAAGGAGUAUCGCAUGCUCUCCAACGACCCGCCAGAGGGCAUCACUGCCGGCCCGGUCAGCGAAGACGACAUGUUCAUCUGGGAAGCACUGAUCCAAGGCCCGGAAGGCACACCCUUUGAAGGCGGCGUCUUCCCCGCAGAGUUACGGUUCCCGAAAGACUACCCACUCGCGCCACCAAAGAUGAAGUUUGUGACCGAGAUGUGGCAUCCAAAUGUAUACCCCAACGGCGAAGUUUGUAUAUCGAUCCUCCACGCGCCCGGCGAAGACCCCAUGCACUACGAACAAGCCUCCGAGCGGUGGUCACCCAUACAAAGCGUCGAGAAGAUCUUGAUCAGCGUCAUGAGCAUGUUGGCAGAGCCGAACGAUGAGAGUCCAGCGAACGUGGACGCGGCGCGGAUGUGGAGGGAGAAGAGGGAGGAGUACGAGAAGAUUGUGCGGACGAAUGUCAGGAAGAGUCUGGGGCUGUAGGAAGCCUGGGACAGGGCAUGUAUGAGAGGGGACGGAUGAGUUUAGGGAGGAGUUAUGAAUCACGAAUGCAUUAGCGUAACGGGAGUUUCUUGGUGGUGCUUGGUAUCAAGCUUCUCAAUAUAUGGAAAUAUGAUAUGAGCAUCUCCAUAACUGCCUUGAAGACAACAGUGGUCAAGUGGAUCCGCUGCUACAAGGUUGAACUUGUUCAUUCAU